AUGGCCUCUGCCUACUUCCCAGGUGAUGAAGUAACCAUUCCACCAUCGGAAGUCCAGCAGCUGAUCAACUUCUGCAAGUCCACUGGGCGACAGCUAAUCUUGGGCUGUGACGCUAAUGCCCACCACACAGUGUGGGGGAGCAGCAAUGAUAACAAAAGGGGUGAGUACCUAUUAGAUUAUAUUAUGUCGGUAGGAUUAAGUAUAGCUAACAAAGGUAGUAAACCCACUUUUAUUAAUGCAAUUAGAGAAGAGGUAUUAGAUCUCACUCUUUGCACUAGGGGUAUUGAGGAAUCUAUAUGGAAUUGGCGAGUGUCGGACGAAGUGUCCCUCUCAGACCAUCAACAUAUUAGGUUUGAAAUUCCCAGUAUAUCCGAGCAGCAAGAUAAAGUGUACCGGCCGAGGAAAACCAACUGGCUUAGGUACAGGGACUUGGUGGGUUCCGAAAAUUUUUCUCUAGCUAGGCCACUAAGAACUCGUGAAGAGAUAGAGUUGGCUGCAAACCAUUUAGGUGAGGUUUUACUGACCUCCUUUCACAACAGCACGGUUGCAGGUAAUGCUUCGAUUAGAGGUAAGGUUCCUUGGUGGAACAUGCAACUAGCUAAUAAGCGUAAACUAGUAAGAAACUUAUUCAAUAGAGCAAAACGCUCUGGUAGUUGGGAACAGUAUAGAACUGCACUCACCGACUACAACAAUUCAAUCAGACAGUCCAAACAGGCCAGCUGGCGUAGCCAUUGUGAUAGUAUUGAUAGGUUGCCUGAGGCUGCUAGACUACACAAGGCUUUAAAUAAGGUCAAAACAAAUGAAGUAGGACUUUUAAAAAAACCCGACGGAUCAUUCACUACUGGUCGUGAAGAUACCCUCGAGUUUCUCUUGCAAACACACUUCCCUGGUUCCGUAUCCGGACCACCCACAUCACAUUCAUAUAGGGAAGUUACUGCUCCUACAUGUCAGGAAUACGCACUAUCUGGUGUUAUUUUUGACAGGGACAAGGUGAAAUAG